AUGGAGAUUCAAGAUAUACUGCCGACGUAUGACAUCAAGCAGUUUGUUUUUGCUGAUGCAAAGAGCGCGUCACGAUUGGUGGCACACAUCUUAAACCAAGUGUCGAGACCCACAGCCUUGACCGAUGCUAUGCUCUUGGUUGAUGCCUACAGUGAUCUACUACUGCGCGAUCGCGCAGCUGUUCAAAUUUUUUGUCGGAAUAUGAUACAGUACCUGCAGCAAUCUGUCAAGUUGAGGCCGAUUACGGACUUUUUCUUUUCCGUGUCAGUCCUGCGUGAUUCCGAGAAACGCGAAAUGAAGCUGAAGCAAUUGAUGAAACCAAAGAUGAUGUUUGGCGAGGGCCAUGAUGAUGCUGAAACUACACGUAGCAUCUCAAAUAUCUCCAAUACUCACUUGUCAAGAAACCGAAAAGGUAAAAAGUGUGCUGGAGUAUUAAGUGAACAUCGUUUACCAGUUAAUGCAAAAAGACAGCGGGCACAUGAGAAUGGCUGCUCUCAGCCGUUAGAUUAUGCAUGUCACAGAUUGCAGCAAGAUGAUGGAGAGACUCGACUCGUUUUUUGA